CAUCCGGGAUCUGAGAGUGGAGCGUGCGGGUCACGUGAUGCCAAGGGCGCGGUCGGAGGAAGCGGGUGCUCCGGUGGGCCGGGCGCGGAUCUGACAAAAGCAAAGCUGCAGGAAAAUGGACAGUGAGGUACAGAGAGAUGGAAGGAUCUUGGAUUUGAUUGACGAUGCUUGGCGAGAAGACAAGCUGCCUUAUGAAGACGUUGCUAUACCACUGAAUGAGCUUCCUGAACCUGAACAAGACAACGGUGGCACCACAGAAUCUGUCAAAGAGCAAGAAAUGAAGUGGACAGACUUAGCCUUACAGUACCUCCAUGAGAAUGUUCCCCCCAUUGGAAACUGACACGUGGCUCCUUCCUUAUGAUGCAUUUUUAUAAAAUACACAGAUACAAAAUGUUUUCUUUUAGUCCCCUAAUUCAAAUCUUUUGAGUAGUAAAUCAGUACUCAAAAAUGUA